AUGGAUUCCGACAAGCCAGACAGCAUAAGCACCGCCAUCGACGAGUCGGGACUACGCAGAACAGCAUCCAACCACGUAGAAUGGCAAAAAGACCACACCCAGUAUCCCCGAAACUGGUCGUCAUACCGAAAAUGCUACGACGCGACCAUGAUCGUUUUCUUCGAGUUUUACACGUUGAGUUCAGCCCCGUUUCUGUCACAUGACAUGCCACUGAUGGAGUGUAGAACCGUAAUCAGCACUACCGGGCCCUCUGCUGCUACUGCGGCCAUGCAAGAGUACCAUCUCACCCGGGGAGUGGCUUUGGUUGCGUUUGUGUUCAUGCAAGUGCAGUCUUACCGUACCUGGCAAGCCAUCGGGGGCCUCCUAGUACCGCCCUUUUCUGAAUCGUUUGGGCGACGGAAACCCUACCUUUACUCGUGCGCGGCGUUUAGCAUUGGCUCGCUCAUCACGGGAGUUGUGCCUUCAGCAGCCGGCGUAUUCGUCGGUCGCUUCAUGUGUGGGUUUGCUUCUGCGGCACCAUCGGUCGUCAUCGCUGGGAGUGUGCAGGACCUGUACGCGGGCACACAUCGUGUGUGGAUGAUACUGGUCUGGAACAGCACAACCACCCUUGGCCUUACCAUUGGCCCCGUUUACGGAGCCUACUUGGCGGAUACGAUAGGUUGGCGCUGGAUAUACUAUACUUCAGCCAUGGUCACCACCGUACUGCUUCUACUACUCUUCAUGAUCCGCGAAAGCCGAUCAACGAAACUGCUAUCACAAAAGAUCGGCGAGUUAGAGAAAGAGUACCACGAGAAGUUGGAGUCGCGCCACAACCCCGACGCUGUCCCGAACGCGCGUGCGCUGGUGGAACUGGUCCUCCUACGACCAGCACGUCUCGUCGCCACAGAACCCAUCGUGGUGCUGGUUUCUCUCUUGAGCGCCACAUCAUGGGGCUUGGUAUACCUCUUCACAGAAUCCCUCUCCGUUGUCUACUCGCUCUACGGCUGGUCCGAAACAACGACGUCACUAGCAUUCAUCGCCAUUGCGCUGGGGAUCCCGCUCAGCAUCCUGCCUCGGAUGUGGGAGGUCCGCCAGAGCAAGCAAAAAAAGCUGCGCAAUCAGCGAACAAACCCGGAAGACAAAAUCUACGGCUUCGUCAUCGCAGCACCCGUGCUAGCAUGCAGCUUGUGGCUGUUUUCCUGGACGAUCCCCCCACGAGCGCACACCCAUUGGGCCGUGUCCAUGACCGGCCUCGUCGGCAUAGGAUUCGCGGCGAACGAGUUUGCCUACACGCUGAGCGGCUACCUGGCCGACUCGUACACCAUCUACGCCUCCUCGGGUCUCGCGGGUCUUGCCUUCUUCCGCGCACUGGUCUCGGGCCUCAUGCCUCUCUUCGCGUAUCCCAUGUUCUCAGAACUCGGGGGUAAUGUCGCGGGCUCCAUCCUGGCGGCUGUCGCUACCGUCUUCUGCAUAACGCCGUAUGUGUUUUUGAGGUACGGAGGGCCGUUGAGAGAAAGGAGCCGGUUUGCAAGGUACAGCGCCGAGAUCAACGAACAGUAUGGCGAUGAAUGA